AUGAGGAAAUACAAUAGGAAAAUGGUUGCUCUAAGAUGCCUCCUAAAAAUUGAUCUUACGAAAGCUUAUGUUUCGGUAAGUUGGGACUUCCUUAAAGGUGUGCUUGAAGGGUUGCACUUCCCUCCGAGACUUGUACAAUGGGUCAUGGUAUGUGUUACUUCUCCAACAUAUUCUGUAGCUUUAAAUGAGAGUACGAAUGGCUUUUUCAAAGGAGGGAAAGGCCUCCGAAAAGGUGAUCAUCUCUUCCCCUUUUUGUUCGUGCUUUGUAUUGAAUAUUUCUCAAGAAUGAUUAGGGCGUGCACAAAUGAUAGUGAGUUCUAUUAUCAUCCUAAAUGUGGCCCCCAAAAGAUCAUCCACCUAGCAUUCGCAGAUGAUUUGAUGCUCUUUGCUAGGAGGAUGUUAUGUCGGUGCAAAUUCUCAUGGAUUGCCCCUCAAGAUUUGGUCUUGUAUCGGGUUUAA